CAAUGGUGGUUGGCUACCAGCAACCUCCGCCACCCCCGAGUUUCCCUCGUCACGCAUGCGACAUGUGCUAAGUGACCUUGGUUCCCCACCAUGCCGGCGGUGCCACUACUCCGUUCCUACUACUUAGUCUCCUAUCUAAUAGAAACCAGCAUACCCUCCGAUGCAGGCCAGGCACCGGUGCAAAUGCUAAUACGCUUAGUCUAGGCGCGCCUCAGAGCCGUCCAGGACAACGCGUCCACUGCGUCCACUUUUUCGCCUACCCGCGGAAUGUGACAUGAAUUAACCGCCGAGCAUCUGCAGGAGGGCCCUCAUCUUCACACCGGACACCGCUCGAAACGGUUGGAUCAUGUUUGAUGAUCGCUUGGGCCCAUUUUUUUAGCUCUUGUGCCCCCUGGACCAUCGGUUUCCCCGAUUCCCUAUUCCCGACCUCGUCUGUCCUUGAGGACGGCAACCCCUUCUUGUGCUAGCAUCGCCAUCUAUUCAGGAUGUCACUCCAUCCGCAACAAUUGACACACAAUACCUCUCUUCGAGACCCGGAACGGUUCUGGGCUCGCCAUGCAGAGCGACUACAUUGGCAUAAGAAACCUUCUCAUGUCAUCAGCCAUCAAACUAAAGUCUUGCCCAGCGGGGCCCGCCAUGAUCAUUGGACUUGGUUCCCAGACGGAGAGAUAUCUACGACGUACAAUUGUGUCGACCGGCACGUACAGCAAGGAAAUGGAGACAAUGUGGCCAUCAUCUGGGAUUCUCCAGUGACAGGAGUCAAGGAAACGUUCACUUACAAACGGCUAUUGGAUGAGGUAGAGGUUCUGGCCGGGGUACUGAGGGAGGAGGGUGUUCUAAAAGGCGACGUGAUCAUUAUUUACAUGCCCAUGAUUCCUGCGGCCCUUAUUGCUGCUCUGGCGAUCGCGCGCUUGGGUGCAAUCCAUGCAGCGGUCUUUGGAGGAUUCGCGGCCAAGUCACUCGCUCAGCGUAUCGAAGCAGCGAAACCACGCGCUGUCAUGACGGCAUCGUGCGGUAUCGAAGGAUCAAAAGGACCCAUCGCGUAUCGACCAUUAGUGGAGGGGGCCAUUAAGCUGAGUAGUAUCAAGCCUGAGAAGGUGAUCAUCUGGCAGAGGGAUCAGUUGCGAUGGAAUAAUCCCGACAAACUAAGUGGCCAGCGGAACUGGCAGCGGCUGGUCAAGAGCGCGCGCAUGCGUGGAAUCAGGGCCGAACCAGUGCCUACAAAAAGCACAGACGGUUUAUAUAUUAUCUACACUAGCGGCACUACGGGAUCGCCCAAGGGAGUUUUCCGGGAAGCAGGCGGACAUGCGGUAGGACUUCAACUAUCGAUUCAGUACAUUUUUGGCAUCCAGGGGCCUGGCAAUGUCAUGUUCUGCGCCUCUGAUAUUGGAUGGGUUGUUGGUCAUUCGUACAUCUUGUAUGGACCUCUCUUGGUCGGUGCAACGACGGUCCUCUUUGAGGGAAAACCAAUUGGGACUCCUGAUGCCGGCACGUUCUGGAGAAUCAUUGAGGAGCACAAAGCCAACGUAUUAUUCACGGCACCUACGGCCAUGCGGGCGAUCCGUAAAGAUGAUCCGGAUAAUUGCUGCUUGGAAGUAGUUGCUCGACGUGGCGGGCUCCGACACUUCCGCGCCCUCUUUCUUGCAGGAGAACGGAGCGAACCCAGCAUUGUCCAAGCCUAUCAAAAGCUCCUAGGCCAAUAUGCCGCCCCUGGAGCCAUGGUUGUGGACAACUGGUGGUCGUCUGAAUCUGGGUCUCCAAUCUCUGCUCUGGCGCUAAGGAGCGCCGCAGCGAUGGAGCCGUCGCUACCUAAUGACAAUACAGCGUCGCCACUGAGUGUCCGACCAGGGUCAGCCGGACUACCUAUGCCUGGAUUUGACGUGCGCAUUGUUGACGACGAGGGAAGAGAGGUUUCGCGAGGCACGAUGGGCAACAUCGUUAUGGGCAUCCCCCUAGCGCCGACGGCGUUCACACAGCUAUUCAACGAUGACGAACGAUUUUACCGCAGUUAUCUGCUUAGAUUCCAAGGGAAAUGGGUCGAUACAGGAGACGCGGGGCUCAUCGAUGAGGAUGGCUAUGUACAUAUCAUGGCACGGUCGGACGACAUCAUUAAUGUAGCCGCGCAUCGCUUCAGUACCGGAGCCAUAGAGCAAGCAAUUCUUUCUCAUCCGGCGAUUGGCGAGGCCAGUGUAGUCGGGAUCCCGGACCCGCUGAAGGGCCAUCUGCCGUUUGCAUUUGUUCAGCCUCGAAUGGAGGGAGAACCGCUACCUGCAGCGCCGCCCAUGGAACUGUUUCAGGAAGUAAACCGGUUGGUGCGGGAACAGAUUGGGGCGAUCGCGACCCUCGGGGGCAUGAUCCAAGGCCGGGGGAUGAUCCCCAAGACGCGCAGUGGAAAGACGUUGCGACGGGUGCUGCGGGAGCUGGUUGAGCAUGCGGUGCGCGGGGAGUACGGAUUGCCAGUGAACGUGCCGCCGACAGUCGAAGAUGCAGAAGUGGUGGACGCAGCGCGACGGCGGGUGCGCGAGUACUUUGAGCGCCCUAGUCGGGCGAAGCUGUAGCGAGUACCGAACUGACUGUUCUGCUCGGAAGCCGAUGCCCGAAUUAACUAAUGUGGAGCGAGGGAAGUGUUCAAUCGUGUUGAAAAAGGUGUCUGAAUUCUGAUCAGAGACGUGACUCGAACAUUAAAGUUAUACACAGGAAAUGGAAGCCAUGAACCGGAAGCCAAGCCAAGCGAUGC